UCGUUAUCUCGCUCGUGAUAAGACAUUAAUUGUAGCCAUUAAUUGUCCUGCUGAUAUCGGCAGGCGCGAUGUCUCGCGAGCGACAUCGAUGAAUUAUUAACGCAACUCGAUCGCUCUCGCGAUUGAUUUGAAAUCCAGAACCGCACGUGACUUCGUACGGCCGAGGUCACCGCAAGAUCAUCGCAUGGAUAAAAAAAAAUCAAAUUUCGCGACGACGAACGAGCCAGAUUUAUUUCGAUCGAAGGGGGUGGAACAUCCGUUUCUCAUUAACGAACUUGAUUCUGUUUUCUCAUGAAUCAAAAUGCCUUUUUUAUUUUUAUUUUAUCUCGAUAGUUUCUUAAGAAUUUUUCCACCGGCCGUUUACGGGGAAAAGAUAUUUGACUUAAUAUGGCGAGAUAAGCGAAAAAGGGAAAAGAAUGGGCUCUUACGAUUAAAUUUCGUUCGUACGAACAAAAAAGAUCUGUUUUUUUCCGGAGAACUUCUGAACUAGUGCGACAAGAUAGAAGGAAACAUAUUUGAUCUCAGUCAAACUUAUCGCACUGAUCCUGUGACAAAAAAAACAGAUCCAAAGAUUCUUUUGUCUUGCUAGCAGAACGGCUAUUGGCUAUUGGCUCGUUCAUCGCUGCGUCCUGUUUCCUCCUUCCUGUUUCCUGGAAAGCUGACCCUCGCGUUUCAUAGAUGCCCGAUGUGACGUGAUCAUCAGCAUGACGCAAUUCUGUCGUCCAGGGUGCAUACCUGAAUGGCACGUCACCGUCUCGCUGCGCAACUCAAGCGCACGCGGUGGUGUCUCGCGCCGUCGUUUCGUCAUCCACCGGUGUUUCAAGUUCAAGCUUCACGGAGGAAUCGGAAAUAACGUCGUUUAACGGGCGCGCGAGACGCGUAGCGUGUGUUGUGUCCGUUGGGUAACCAUAGCAAUCUCGAAAGCCUCGGCCGCGAAAGCCACUCCGACAUUCCAUCGCCCCGCACGCGUGUGUGAUCGCACGGGGGGUGAAAUUUUCACCCCCGCGUGCGCGCGCGCGCGCGCGCGUAUGAGCGUACACAUACGUGCAGGCUAGACAACGACUUACACUGUUCCGAAAUGAUAUACGAGUAGGAAGGUGCACGCGCGCGCACGGCACGAGCGAGCGAGCGAAACGCGCCACGACCACAUAAAUAACGCGGCAUUGAUGACGAUACGCGUGACAUAUAAGUAUCGCACCGCUAUCCAUCGGCCAGUACAUGUCACACUGGUGCCGCGAAAGCUACAUCCUACCUGUUCGCUCGGCGACAAUUUGACCAGAGGCACGUCUCGCCGCCUGUGCCACGCGGGAAACUGCGACGCGCGCUGUCCAAACUCGGCGAACUUUUCUCUCAACUUCACCCCGCUGCGCUGCGCCUCGCUCCCCGCCUUCUCGCCGAGAGAGAAAUACGUCCGUCGCAUGCUUGAAGACAGUCAGGAAGGAAAAGUAACCGAGUCGAUCGAGAGUGUGAGGAAGAGCCUCGAGCGAACGUUACUCGGACUCAGCUCGUCAUGCUCCACAGCGUGAAAACGCACGUGGGCCGAUCGCACGGGCGCGACUCCGUCGAGGUGUCUUCCCUCGUGCCGCCGUAAGGGUAUCUCGGAGCGCACGACCCUGACCACCGGAAUGGAUUCUCCACGAGGCGUGGUUGAGCCCUGCCGCAUUCAUAAUUGACAAGAGCCAGCCGAGGCCGCCGCCAGCUCGACGAGCUUAUCGACACUGAUCGAUGCUCCUCGUUUCCUUGCGAUUAACUAUCAGGCGCGAUCGAGGAAGCGGCACAUCCGAGGUGUUACCGGGGUCCUUACCGGGCUGAGAGAAUCCCGCGGGAAAUUCGUCGGACUGAUCGCGAAGGAGGAGGGAGAGCAGCAGCUCUGCGGGGGAGUCUCGCGAGUUCACGAUUGAUGAUUCCUCCGAAGGGGAACGAAAAGCUCCGUCAGCCUUUGGUCGAGCACGGAGAUGCCCGAGUUAUGUAAAGCGCCGCCGCAGCAUGCUCGCGUGCAUGACAACGUGAUCGUACGGACGCGAGUCAGCGUGUGAAGUCGUUGUGCCCGGCGAAAGAUGAUACUGGACCGUGCUGGAUCGCUGCGGUUGCGUUCCGUGUAUACCGAAUGCCGGCCGAGAGUCUUCCGGGCCGUGUGACCGUGCGAGCGCUGAAAAAAACGGAUCUGCGGGAAUCGGCAACAUGGAUGAAAGCAGGCUGCAAGUAAACGAUGACAGCCAGCAUAACCACAGUCGACGGCCCAGCAGCUGGGGCAACUUCCUUCACCCCGACGAGAACAGUCCGGUCGAGUCAGCCCGGUUCAAUGACGAGAAAUCGAGUGACACAACCAACGUCUCUUCCCGCGUCUCCACGGCGAAGUCGACGCCGGCGAAGAGCGUGUCCCGUAACGCGCCGGGAUCGCCGGACUCGGGUUUGAUCUGCGUCCCAAACAGGGAGAUACUUUACGAGCUCGACAAGAACGGCUAUCUGCCGACCGGGACGCCCACUAUUAACAGGAAAUUAUCGAGAGCCAGUAUACAUCCGUCCGGAACAAAUCUGACGGCGCGGGAUGCCUUCGGACCUAAACUCACGGUGCCCGCCACCCCGGAAGUCAGCCCUUCGUUACCGUCCACGCCCGCCUCGUUGGAUUGCGCGGAGAACGCGAGGGAUUCAUUGCCACCGAGAGAAGCGGAAACGGAAAUCGAUCCCGAUACACUCUACUUUCGCGACGGCCGUCGAAGGAUCGAUAUGGUAUUAGUGUAUCAGGAGGAAAAUGAAGGGGUCAUGACGGAGAUAGAGGCUCGCCGGCGAGAGCAACGGCGGGUCUUUCAGCAGAACCUCCUGAAGGAGGGGCUGCAGCUGGAGCUGGAGUCGAAGGAGAGUUCCUUCGACGGGAAGACGUACUUCUUGAAGCUGCACAUACCGUGGAAGAUAAAGGUGCAAUACGCCGAGGUGAUGAACCUGAAAUUGCCCACCAAGAGGUUCAUCACGAUCUCCGUGAAAGCUUGGGGUACAGAGGGUGCCAAAGAGAUCCCGAAGUUCUGGGAGAGGUGGACGCGUUGGGUCGAGUGGAUACGCAAAAUACACACGUGGGACACGAACAAGUACCCAGCGGAGCCGAAUUUUUACGACAGCAUAGACUCGGGCGAUCGCAAGGAGAGGUUCAUCGUGAAGGACAGAGACACCGCUUACACGCCCGCUCAAAGGUCGUUGAUAGUGAUGCAGAUAUUAUUGCGAGCGAGAUACGAUGAGAACCAUGAGAAGUCCGGCAUUCGCAGACUCUUGGCGGACGGAACGUACAUCGACUGUUUCUCCUUGCACGAAGGCCCUUAUGACAAGCCCUUGCGUAACGGGGAGAUUCUCGACAGGCAUCUGCUGUACCUGAUAUGGGCGAGACCUGGGCAAUGGUACAAGAAACAACCGCUGUGGUUGAUACGACGAUACUUUGGCGAGAAAGUCGCCCUGUAUUUCGCGUGGCUGGGCUUUUACACCAAGUGUUUGUACCCGCCAGCGGUGGUGGGUCUCUUGUGCUUCUUUUAUGGCCUCGGAAGCAUGGAGGGUAUGGACAAUGUUCCUAGCAAGGAAAUUUGCGAUCCUAAUUUAGCCGGAAACAUCACUCUGUGCCCCCUUUGUGACCGAGCGUGCACCUACCAGAAACUCGGCGAUUCCUGUUUAUUCUCAAAGUUAACUUACUUGUUCGAUAAUCCAGCUACCGUCUUCUUCGCCAUUUUCAUGUCCUUCUGGGCCACCACGUUCCUCGAGCUUUGGAAGCGACGGCAAGCCGUGAUUGUCUGGGAAUGGGAUCUUCAGAACGCCGAAUACGACGAAGAGCCUAGACCCGAAUUCGAGACGUCCGUGAAGACCUUCCGGAUCAAUCCCGUCACGAGGGAGAGAGAACCGUAUUUGCCUGCGUGGUCUAAAGCUAUACGAUGCCUCGCUACUGGCUCUAUAGUGUUCUUCAUGAUAUGCGUGGUCCUCGCUGCGGUUCUGGGUACCAUCAUAUAUCGCAUCUCGCUGGUCGCCGUGUUCUACGGCGGCGGUGGGCCCUUCUUGAAGAGGCACGCGAAGAUAUUUACUUCCAUGACCGCCGCUCUCAUCAACUUGGUGAUAAUAAUGAUACUCACGCGAGUGUAUCAUCGCAUGGCACGAUGGAUGGUCAAUAUGGAGAAUCCAAGAACGCAAACGGAGUACGAAGCCAGUUUCACGUUCAAGAUCUUCUUGUUCGAAUUUGUCAACUUUUACUCGUCCCUGAUUUAUAUUGCCUUCUUCAAGGGGAGAUUCUUCGUUCAUCCGGGCGACGCGGACGCGAGAGCUUCGGAAUUCUACCGCAUCAAGACGGAUGUGUGCGACCCGGCUGGUUGCCUCUCGGAGGUCUGCAUUCAGCUCGCGAUCAUAAUGGUCGGUAAACAGUGCUUCAACAACUUUGUCGAGAUCCUGUCGCCGAAACUGUGGAACUGGUGGCGCAAGAGAACGCAGAUCGCGGCGACGCGCAAUCACGACCGGAAGUACCCCUAUUGGGAGAAGGAUUAUCAGCUCCAGGACCCGGGCAGACUGGCCCUGUUCGACGAGUAUCUGGAAAUGAUUCUACAGUAUGGCUUCGUGACGUUGUUCGUGGCGGCGUUCCCGUUAGCGCCUCUGUUCGCUUUACUGAAUAACAUCGCGGAGAUCAGACUGGACGCGUAUAAAAUGGUGAAGGAGGCCCGCAGGCCGUUGGCCGAGCGAGUGGAGGAUAUUGGUGCUUGGUUCGGUAUUCUUAGGGGUGUUACUUAUGUAGCGGUAGUGUCAAACGCUUUUGUUAUUGCAUACACGUCUGACUUUAUUCCACGGAGCGUGUACGCGUUCGUUUAUUCGCCUACCGAAGAUUUAGUGGGUUACAUCGAUAGCUCUCUGUCAGAAUUCAAUACUUCCGAUUAUCGUGACGAUAUGAAAAGCGACGCGGACGAAAAGCACCCGGACACGUGUCAAUACAGGGGCUACAGGAACGGACCAGACCAUGUGGACGACCCUUACGGUCUCAGCCCGCAAUACUGGCACGUUUUCGCCGCGCGUUUAGCGUUCGUUGUUGUCUUCGAGCACGUUGUUUUUGCACUCACCGGUAUCAUGAGCUACGUGAUACCGGCCGUACCGCAUUCUCUGUCGACUCAACUGCAGCGCGAACGACUGCUCGCUCAAGAGGCGAAGUACGAGAAGGGGAUAAAGGGCAAGGAGGACGACGACGACUUGCUGUCGGUCCUGAGGGAGGCCGGGACCAUCGGUAGACCCGGUGGUGGCGCCGGCAGAGGCAGUUGGACCAGGCGAUUCAGUAAAUUGAGCGACGGUCUGGACGCUCACGUUGACGUCGGUGUUAGACACAGCAAGCGCAGCGAUAACUCCACAGUAUGGGAAGUCACGUAA